AUGUUGUCACACAAGCCUGAUAGUGGUCGAAUACCCCGGCCUAGGGGUGUUGCAUCUCAACCACAAAAAGUAUCAUCGCCGACGACUGUUACGUCAGCGAAGCAAUCAGGAAUUCCUGCCAUGUUGUCGCCAAGACCACCUGUUGGGUCGCCAGUGUCUUCGUCAAAUAGGGCUAGCAGUGCAUCCUUAUCCUUGGUUGAAGUGAAGGGUCAGUUAGGUACGCCCUCAAACCCUUCGAGAACACAAUCUAGCCAGGGCUCCCGAUUGUUAUUGCCACCAAGGGCGACUACACAUCCAUUGCCUUCAACUUCACGCCCUUCUGCAUUCUCCAAUGUAAAUUCAAACCUAAGUCCAGCAGAAAGCUCAUAUACGGUAUCAAUCUCUUCGGGUGCUAGCCGGCAGAAUUUUGUGAGCAGUCAUCCACGGAACGUUCUUCGAAGGAAGCCCCCAACAAUUGGUCAGUAUACGGCCGGGAAUGAAUCAAAAAUCAUGGAAGGCACCAGGCCUGAAAAGCUGAACGUAAUCAUCCCCAAUGGCGAACAACCUAGCAGUAUCACAAGGCAUUCACCUCGGAUUUUGGAGAGCCCAAAACAGUCGAUUCCAAUGCAUUCAUCCCAAUCCACGCUCCGCGAUAGGAAUGUGAGUUAUACCACUAACAAGGUGUCCCAUGGCCCUAUAGAGCUUGCAAGUCUUCGAAAUACGGUGAACACAACAAAUCUACCGCCUCCAACUCCAGGAUUUGCUUCAUCUAGCAGCCCUUCGACAAGGUAUUCUGGAUCUCCCGGAAUAUGGAGUCGAACAUCAACGCCGACUUCGCUAUCCUCAUAUUCACCAGGGAUUGUUCAGCCGGUUAAAAUUGGUUCUCGAUUAAGGCAGCCAAGCCCGUCCCAAACGAGGCUUCCAACAUUCUCACCUCGGAUACAACCGACCCCUUCACCGAGCAAUCCAGCGAGCGCCAAAGAAGUGAGCUCUCAUUCUUUGAGUCAAGGAACAGGAUCAACGGCUUCACUUCCCAAGGAUGGAAAGAAAGGGUCUCCAACCAAAGUUGAUGCUACAGCAUCCCCCACUACACUUAAAAGUACUGUACAGCGCAGGCCUUCAACACAAUCUAAUCUUCCGAGAAUGGCUAAAGUGAACUACGAGGCGAAUCAAAACAUCAAAGCAUCAAAGCCGCAAAACAUGGCUGAAUUGCAUGGGGAUGGGAGGAAGGUAGCUGGUUGUUUAUCAAUAAACACCGCCCAAGUGCCUUCUAGACCCAGCAGAGAAGGGACCCAUCGGUUAGAACUGGAGCCAUCACCCGUGGUUCAAAGUAACCUGUCGCCAGAUACGGUGACUGGACAUAAAAGACGCGGGUCUAUGGAGAGCCCACUUAUAAUUGACAAGUCUCUACUGCCGACAGAUCAAUCAGCCGCUACCUCAGUGGGUUCACUUCACUCCAGGGCGUCCUCUCGCAUACCUUCGCGCUUGCCAACCUCUCCGGAGCUAUCGCGCAAACCACCUCGGAUAUUAACAAAAGAGCCCAAAGGCCAGCAAAGCCCCGCAAGCCCCGGCAAAUCCCGUCGGUUUGGAUUCUUUACCAAAAAGUCGAAGUCAGAAUUAAAUACAAUAUCUCCUGAUGAACCUCAUCCUUCUCGCAAGGGUCCUGCUGCUGGAACCGGUCACGAGGGAUACGGAAGGUAUGGACAACGUGGACGUAAAACAAGUAUUGGCAGCAGCAGUGGUAUUAGGGAAAGGUCAACAAGCACGACUAGAAGCACUUCCAAGUCUGUCUCUAGCGGCAAGGGAAGCGACAAAAUCCGGCCAGACCUGGGACUUGAUGAUUUUUUUCUUGAUCGCCUGGAGCCAGUGAUUAUACUAGGAGGUGGUAUGGACGGAGGGGCAUUGACGCGAACUCAGAGUGAACAAAGUUCUAGUGGAUUUAGUACCAGAUCCAUGUCAAACGUGACACCGCAUUCCAAUAUACCACAAUCUCCUGGAUAUUCCACAGACUCCCUAGCUACUUCAACAGGGACUGUUGAGAAAAAGGGAGAGAGCCAGCAGAGAAAUAAUCAUCAAGGAGAAAUCCAUCACGGACCAGGGGUCCGUGGAUCCUCGAGUUUGUCCAGCACUGAAGAUUUGGAAACACACCCCAGGUUGAAGGUGGGUCCAGAGACAUCCCAACAACAUAUCACCCAGCCCAUGCAGGGAACUCCGAAAGUCAGCAUUCCUAAAGUGUCACCAAAGCCUGAGGUAGUGAAUAACCCCAAAAUCAACGAGAAAAGUCCACCAAAGAAGGGACUGGGACUGAAGUGGAAUUUCUUCCAGCGAAGCCACGACACGAAGCAUGACGAACAACAACCAUUGUCUCCUACCAUACCUCAACUCCAGGCUACAAUAUCCUCUGUUGCUUCCCGCCGACCUGUUGCGCACUAUGCCUUUGUGGAUACGGAUUCUGAUCCUCUUGAAGAGAUCAUCCACAAUAUUGAAGAUUCACCGCCCACUGAGGAUGGUGGAGCUGGUUCUCCAGUUGAGGUCCCAGCAGCCUUGAAUAUAAGGAAGCCAUGCCAGUCCAUUCUUCUUCCUUCACCACCUAAGAUAAAUGGUGAAUUUAUUCAAGGAGGCCCUCCGUCGCCAAAGGUCUAUUUCACUAAAGACCCCCUUCAUUCAAGCCCCGAAAAACCGCGAGAAUCCUUGGAGGAAAGGCGUCACAGCCGAUUGGCAUCAAUCGGCCGCAUCCCGAGAGUGGUUUCCAGAAGAGAAAGACAACAUAAGCCUGCUUUUCAGUCUUUCUCAAGGCCAUUCAGUGCCGCAGAGUCACCCUCUUUAACGGCACCUGUAGUGGAUAGGCCCGCCGAAUUCUCGCCCCCUCGUCCUGUAUAUGAGUCGCAGACACAAAAUCUUCCCAGGGGCCCGCACAACCCCGGUUUUGAUCCCUCCCAACCAUUUGGGGACCCGAGUAGUGCAAGCAUUCUUGACUUUAUUGCUGGUCCUUAUUCGAAAAAUGAAUUUCUGACAUUCUCUCCUGAGAAUCAUUCAACCACAUCCAGUUCGAGUGGCUCUGAAAGUCUAGCAGCGGUCACGGCUGUGAUACCAACACCUGAUUCCGGGUUAAACGAAGAUGAGGUAUGGGGGGAGUUCGAUGAUCUGAUCGACCAUGUCCUUUCUCCUGAGGUUACGAGGUCCGUUUCUUCCGGGGAGCACGAUGUCGAGGGAAAGCUUGAAAUGGCAACUAUUGCUAGUAGAGCGCUUCAGGCUGAAUUAAGUGGACUAGCAGAUAAGAGUGCAGUUUCUUCGGUCCUCGAGCAUCCGGCAGUAGAGCUUACCCCUGCGUCACCUCGAUCUAGCAACGGGUCGAUUCGUCUUCGCCGGUCCAGGAUUGUGUCUGCUCUGCAUUCCUCUAUUGCUCCAUCGUCUCAGCCUUCAUUUAGUGACAUCAUUGCUGGCUACUCUGAUGACCAGGUCGUGGACAACGCGAAGAACGAGGGCCAGAACGAUCAAUCCACAAUCGCUCUGGACGAACAGCCGUCAAGCUACCUCAGCUCACCUUUAAACCCGUCUCCAGGGUUUGAGGCAUGCCGACAACGGAAUACCAUAUUGUUCGAUAUUGCCGAGCGCGACCGAGAAGGGCCAACGGCGCAGACCAAUAUUCGGUCAGGAUCGCUCAUGACCAGUCGAUGGCUGUCCUUUGGGAGGGUUCUUUUCAGUCCUGCUCAUAACCGUAUCAAGGAUGGAGAAGAUGAACGGAUCCUGGUAGUGGAUGGAUUGGGGAAUGAUGACUGGUCUUUCUAUUGCGCCUUGACGUAUCCCAAGGCAGACGUGCACUGCCUAAACGAUGGGUCAGUUCCAACCGCAUCCAAGCAUCCUGCUGCCUGGGAGCCGCCAUCGAACCAUCAUACUAUUCACCACUCGAGUUUCGAAGACCCAUUCCCAUUCUCCAAAGGAUUUUUCACAGUGACCGUCUUGCGAUUCCCAGCCGCCUGCUCCGAGAGCGCUCAAAACUCAAUAGUUUCGGAAUGCAAGCGUGUGCUUCGCCCAGGAGGAUACAUGGAGAUGAGUGUGCUUGACUUGGAUAUGGUGAACAUGGGCAUUCGGACGCGAAAGGCCGUCCGACAACUGAAGGAGAGGACCUACUUAACGGACCUCAACAUUAGCCUCAAGCCUGCAAGCGACAGUAUCCAACGACUGCUUGGACGACAUGGAUUCGACAAUCUCCGACGGUGCAUGGUGCGGAUACCCACCGCAGGGGUGAUCGUUCGAUCAUCUGGCUCUUCAUCAUCCACAUCAUCGUCGGCGUCGAAUCCUUCAACAAUGGCUACAACGGCUACCCCGUUAACGGCCUUUUCGGGGCCGUCGAACUCAUCUCUGGGGGCGCAAUCCAAAGCCCAUGGCAAGUCCAACGACACUGAUCUAUCACUGGGGGAUUUACUCUCCGACCCGUCCCCAUCUCUGUCCAACGACGAAUCCAUCCGGAAGAUAGUCGCCAAGGUUGGGCGCUGGUGGUACACAAGAUGUUACGAAAUCCCGGUUCUCCCGAACGGCGACUCAAGUCUCAGCAUCUGGGCAGACCGGAAAGUUCUCCGCGAAUGCCAAAAGCAAGGCACUGGGUUCCGCCUGUUGAUUGCCUAUGCACAGAAGCCGAGUGAGAAACGGAGAACGGCAAGUGUUUGA